AUGGGUUUAUGUUAAGGGAAGAAAGUGUAUAAGGUUGAAAAAACUAUUGCGAAAGAGAAUGUUGCUACUGAAAAUCUAUGUGUGCUUGGUGAAAACGUAUUAAACAAAAAUGAAAUUGGAAUAUCUUAAUUGACCAAUUUUUAAAUAAUUUCUUAACUAACCUCAUGCAUAAAUUAUAGCUGCAUUUAGAGCGAAAUUAAAUUACCAAGUGGGGAAGGAUAUCUGGAAUGGACUUGUAAUGAGAAAUUAUGAUUUCUAGAUGAGGAUGGUUCUAGAUAUGAAGGACAGUGGAAAGAUAAGGCUCCUAAUGGGAAGGGAAAACUUUGGAUGGCCAAUGGCGAUAUUUUUGAAGGGCAGUUUGUUAACGGGCAACUAAGUCAAGGGAGUCAUUUUUAGGUUAAUGGGAGUUCAUAUACUGGAGAAUUCAUGAAUGGACUGUACCAUGGUUACGGUUAACUAACGGGGUAAGGAAUAAAUUGAGAUAGGUUUAAUGGGAAUUCAUAUUCUGGGCAAUUUGAGAAAGGAAUGAAAUAAGGCAAGGGAAUAUUGAAACGAAAAGAUGGAACCAUGUAUGACGGAGAAUGGAAAUAAGAUAUUUAGAGCGGAUUUGGUCUCUGUGUAUGGGAAGAUGAUUAAGUAAUUGUAUUAGUAAGAUCUUAGAGAUACGAAGGGUAAUGGGAGGAGAACCUAAUGCAUGGACAAGGUACUUUUUUUUGGAAGUGGAGGAAAUACGUGGGAGAAUAUUACUAGGGAUAUAAACAUGGGAAGGGGAUAUAUUACUGGGAUUCAAAUACUUAUUAUGAUGGGGAAUGGAAGCGUGGAGUUUAGAAUGGAGAAGGAACUUUGGUGAAGAAUAAUUAGGUUGAGCAGGUAAAUAAGAAAUCAUCAUAAGUAUUUUAUAGACUGGUGUUUGGAAGGAUGGUGUGUUUUAAGAAGCAAAAAUCUGA